AUGGACGACGGAGCUAUGGAUGUCGACGUGCCCGUACAAGAUGCUCUGAUCAAAGCCAAGGGUACAAAAUCCAAGUCUCGCGAGAUUUAUUCCACAACCAUCAAGAACUCCGCCUACGCCUACGCCCAUUUGGAACUCAUCACCACCAACAACAUACUCCUGGAUGAGCUACAAAUCCGCUCAUACCUCACUUCCGCAUUGAAGCAGUUUCUCGGCGCCACUGGAUCAGGCAUGCCCAUAGACAUCCUCAAGGUGCAAGGCAAGGAGUCCUGGGUACGGGUACCUCGUCAAGAUCUAGGCGCUUUCGCAGCAGCCUUGACAGCAUGGUCAGGAUCGGGGGCCUCGACGGGGUUUGUGAUCCGAGCUGCGGGGGACUGGCUCGGUGCACUCAUGGGACGUCAUGACCAGAGAAGACUUUGGGGGGAGUCAUAA